UGGUCUCAGUGCCUGCCAAUCAUACAGAAUCGUAAUAAAGGACUGGUCCAAAGGGCGGGGGAGGAAAGAGGUUUACGCGGUCCCGCCCUUGCACAAUGACUAUUGGCUAAUACAGUCACAGUCAGUUUGCAGUGCCAUGGGAUUGGUAAAUAUUCCAUACGUCCUGUCGCCCCGGCUAGGGAGGGCUUUAUUCGUCUGAGUAGCUGCCAGUCAUAACCAAAGGCCAGAAGCAAUUGGCUCAAGACUACUUAGACCUCGCCCACUACAAGCCCCUGUCUUUCUUUUACUUCCUCUUUCAGAGAACGUCCGGAUUCCUUUGGACUUUGGAGCGUAUAGCUCCAAAGCAACUAAUUGGCUAGAACUCGACGGAAAAUGGAGGCGAGGUGACCAGAAUGGAGCUGUGGCCAGGGCUGUGGACUCUCCUGCUGCUGCUCGCCCUCCUGCUGCCCACUCUGUGGUUCUGCAGCCCCAGUGCCAAGUACUUCUUCAAGAUGGCCUUCUACAACGGCUGGAUCCUCUUCCUGGCUGUGCUCGCCAUCCCUGUGUGUGCCGUGCGAGGACGCAACGUCGAGAACAUGAAGAUCUUGCGUCUGAUGCUGCUCCACAUCAAAUACCUGUACGGGAUCCGAGUGGAGGUACGAGGGGCUCACCACUUCCCUCCUUCACAGCCCUACGUGGUCGUCUCCAACCACCAGAGCUCCCUCGACCUGCUUGGGAUGAUGGAGGUACUGCCAGGCCGCUGUGUGCCCAUUGCCAAGCGCGAGCUACUGUGGGCCGGCUCUGCCGGGCUGGCCUGCUGGCUGGCGGGAGUCAUCUUCAUUGACCGGAAGCGCACUGGGGAUGCCAUCAGUGUCAUGUCUGAGGUCGCCCAGACCCUGAUCACACAGGAUGUACGGGUCUGGGUUUUUCCUGAGGGCACGAGAAACCACAACGGCUCCAUGCUGCCCUUCAAACGUGGCGCCUUCCACCUCGCAGUUCAGGCCCAGGUUCCCAUCGUUCCUAUAGUCAUGUCCUCCUAUCAAGACUUCUACUGCAAGAAGGAGCGCCGCUUCACUUCAGGGCGAUGUCAGGUACGGGUGCUGCCCCCAGUGCCCACAGAAGGACUGACACCAGAUGACGUCCCAGCUCUGGCCGACACAGUCCGACACUCCAUGCUCACCGUUUUCCGGGAAAUCUCCACUGAUGGCAGGGGUGGUGGUGACUAUCUGAAGAAGCCUGGAGGGGUGGGCGAGGCCCAGCUCUGAGCUCCCUUCCCAUCUACCCCCCACCGUCUCCACACCUACCAGCCCAGUGGGCCUGAAGCUGGGCCAAGCCCUCUUCCUCAUUUCCCCUCUCCCCACUUGUUCUCUUCUUUGGAAUCUUCAACUUCUGAAGUGAAUGUGGUUACAGCACCGCUCCCUGCCCCCUUCCCAGCACCGCCCCCCAACAGACUCUUGCCUAGGUGCAACCUCCACCCUGAACCCCACCUUCUGUGCCAUCCUGUCUGUGGGACAGUUGCCUCCCCCUCAUCUUCAGUGGUUCAGCCUACACAAGGGUAGGAACACUCCAUUCUGUCCCCAGUGGACCCUCUUCCUUUGUGGUCUUCUCUACCUCUCCACCCCACAUUGGCCAGUGGAUUCAUCCAUUCUGUGGAACAAUUUCUCACUCCCAUGUCCACGGAUUCAGUGGACUCAUCCAUUUGUGAGGGCGACUCCUCACGCUGUGGCUGGAAGCUGAUGCCUGGAAUACUUCUCCCAGGCUCAUCCUGGAAACAUUCCUCAGCACCUUCUCCCUCCUUCCCGUGGAGCCUCCUGUCAGUGGGGGCUGGACUCUGUCACUCAGAGGUCUCAUCCCUGCCCUCGUCCAAGUGCCCAGGGUUGAGCACACACUUGGAUGCCACAUUUCUGCCUCCCCUCAUCCCCUGGGUAUAGUUGUUCAGUGGUCCUGGCCCCACCAAGCCCCCUACAGCCCUGCUGUACCAUUCUAACCAGACACAAGGGGAAGAGGCAGACAUCAGGUGCUGCACUCACUUCACCCUGGGGAGUUGGGGAAAGGAACUGAACCCUGGCUGGAGGGGAUGGGAGGGCUUUUAAUUUAUUUCUCUUUCUUUUGAGGCUUCCCCUCUCUGAGCCAGUUUUCAUUUCCUCCCUGUGGCAUUAGCCACUCCCUGCCUCCCACCCCAGAUCUGUGCUCACAACCACAGAGGUGGGCUGGGAGCAAAAAGGAGAGGGUGGGACCCAGUUUUGCGUGGUUGAUUUUUAUUAAUUAUCUGGAUAACAGCAAGAAACCGAGAAUAAAGCUUGAGAGAGAUCUGGGCA